GGCAGCUGCAGGCCUGCUGCCUGGCUUGGUGGGAUGGACUGGCCACACAGCCUGCUGCUCCUUCUUGCCAUCUCCAUCUUCCUGGGGGCCAGCCAGCCCCGGAACACCAAAGGCAAAAGGAAGGGGCAAGGGAGACCCGGCCCCUUGGCCCCUGGGCCUCAUCAGGUGCCACUGGACCUGGUCCCUCGAGUAAAGCCCUAUGCUCGAAUGGAAGAGUAUGAAAGGAACCUCGGAGAGAUGGUGGCCCAGUUGAGAAACAGCUCUGAGCCAACCAAGAAGAAGUGCGAAGUCAACCUGCAGCUGUGGCUGUCCAACAAGAGGAGCCUGUCUCCUUGGGGCUACAGCAUCAACCACGACCCCAGCCGCAUCCCUGCGGACUUGCCCGAGGCUCGGUGCUUAUGUCUGGGCUGCGUGAACCCCUUCACCAUGCAGGAGGACCGCAGCAUGGUGAGCGUGCCGGUGUUCAGCCAGGUGCCAGUGCGUCGUCGCCUCUGUCCGCCACCUCCGCGCCCGGGGCCCUGCCGCCAGCGCGUCGUCAUGGAGACCAUCGCUGUGGGUUGCACCUGCAUCUUCUGAACCAACCCAGUGGCCACUGUAACUCCUCCCUCCCUGCCCCCAUUGUGACCCUCUAGACAGAAAAACA